UGCGCUCUCACAAGCGAAGCGAAGGACGCUAAUGGCCAUGCUUGCUGUGUCCAGGGAAGCAUCGCCUCAACGUCAUCCAAGCAUCUGUGUCUGUUCUUACUCUGCUCUGAAUUCUGAGGCGCUUGUUACUCGCCAUUUCUCUGUGCUGCUGUACACUACCAUUGCGUUUCCCUCGCAGUUGCCCGUCCCGUCUCCGACGUCAUCGCAACUUCCAUCCAGGCCCCGCACACAAGCUAAGCUUCCCGCGUCUAGCCCCGGCAGCCCGCAAACACACGACCGCAUCCGAGCCUUGGGCAUCUCUCGCACACUUGUUCAAUCGCGCCCCCAGCCACCGACCAGCGACGCUGCUCGUCUCCUUCGCAAGCCUUGAUACUAUCGUCGUCUUACUCCGUACACUACCACCACAAUGACUGGUGAAGCAUGGCUGUAUUUGUUGGCGGUGUUGAUAAACGCCGUCAACCUAUUUCUCCAAGUCUUCUUUACCAUCAUGUACAGCGAUCUUGAAUGCGACUACAUCAACCCCAUCGACCUCUGUAACCGUCUCAACACCUACAUCAUCCCCGAAGCCGCCGUUCACGCUUUCCUGACCUUCCUCUUCCUUAUCAAUGGAUACUGGAUGGCUCUGGUGCUGAACCUGCCCCUCUUGGCAUGGAACGCGAAAAAGAUCUUUGAGAACCAGCACCUACUGGAUGCAACGGAGAUCUUUAGGAAGCUUAAUGUGCACAAGAAGGAAUCCUUCAUCAAGCUGGGCUUCCAUCUGCUCAUGUUCUUCUUCUACCUCUACAGCAUGAUCGUUGCUCUUAUCCGCGACGAGUCUCAUUAGUUGUGGACUGCGCCACUGUACCAGCUCAUGCCCCAGACUGUAGUGUCGUCACGGGAGGUACUCAUGUUCCUACACAUGUUCAUAUGGACUGCUGUUGUUUACUGUGUCUUUGUGGAAGCAACGUCUACAAUGGACCUAUGAAAAGCGGUUGACCCAUGAGAAGCGGUACUGGCAGAACAAGAAGAAUAAGGAGAAGAGGCAUUGAUAUCCAGCACGAAUAGUAGAGCCAUGAGUACACGAGGGUAUACGGGAAUGGGACUUGGACGGAUCGAUAUCCUUACGUCGAAACGAAUAGCGUUAGAUUAGUGUAUUGUAAGAUGCAUCAAUUACUGAAGAGCAAUUGGGCAUCAAAACGAAUUUCUUUUCGAUUUUCUGAGACUGCAAUAAAGAGCCUUUAAGUUUUGGUGCCGAAGAG